UCUCAAGUGUUCUAACAUUAUUACGCAGAAUCGAGUGAUUAGAAAAUUGAUAAUUGCUAAGUUUAUAAACAGCCUUGCAACCGAUUAGCACGUACAAGCUCAAUUAUCAGCAAACACGGCUCGCCUUCCUUGGUAGUUCGACUCUAACCGUUGUCCUGAACGAACUGAUAAGAAUGGAACCCACUUUGAAGUCUCUGCUGGCGUGCCUUAUCUUCGUCUGGAUUCAGUAUUCCCAUCAAGAACGCUUCCAGUGUCAGCACGUACCCAUCGAAGUUCAGUGGCAUCAAGUGGAAAGCUGCGUUCAACUGGAUUCUAACCAGCACAGCUUUCUGGAGUUGGAAAGCGACUUACUGCAAAAUCAUACGAUAUUGGAGCUCGUCAACAGCAGCUUUACCCAAUUUGGAUCAAACCACUUCCGUGUCAUCCCGCCCAACGUCAAGGUUCUAUCAAUCUACCAUGGAAACGUCACGGAGGUGUAUUUCAUGUCCGACUCAAUACGCUCACUGUCCAUACUGGACACCAACCUGUCCCGGUUCUUCGCCGCAGAACAAGAAAAUCAUGAGCUUAAAUCGUUGGAAAUACGGUCAAAAGCCAUGGAGGCCGUCCCUUUUAGCAUAGAGUACCUACGAGGUCUCGAAAAACUACUGUUGCGGGGCUGUAACUUGACCACCGUUGAUACGGAACAGUUUGGUCCGCUGAGAAACUUGAUGAUCCUGGAUCUAGCGGAAAAUGCCAUCACCACCAUUGACAUACCGAUGAAAGCGACGUUGAUUAGCAUAACCGAUUUUUACGUGGAAGAUAACCUUCUUCGUGAGUUGGACAACUUUCCGCUGGCACUGCCCAGUCUCAGGACGUUGAGCUUGUUCGGGAACAAGUGGUACUGCGAUUGGGUCACUUUGGUGCGUAGGCGAAUCAUGAGAGCUCGGAUUAUGGUUUAUGGUGGUGAAAAUGAUUGUGAAAAUCGUAUUCACAACGGUGGAUUGUGUUGUGAUAAAAGACCCGAAAAGGCAAUUGUUUGAAUAAAGUGAGAUGGUUUCGAAAUGA